AUGGAUUUCCUCCGGCUGCAUCUCCCUGGGCUGCAUCAGGCCUUGAGGGGGACACUGGAUUCCUUCAGCACCUUUGUCUCCUACCUUUUGGGAGAUGAGGUCCCCACUGUGGAGAGGAGGGAGGCACGGGCAGCUGAGGAACUGGGGGAGGUGGCUGCAGGAAGGCCAGGGAGAACUGUAGAGGAGGAAGCCCAGGAGGCCCUGGAGGUUGUUGGAGGCAGCCAGAGCAAGGGGGCUGGAGGCCUGAGAGGGCCUGGAGAGGCUAGAAUACACCAGGAGGGAAGAUCAGCUCUAGAACAGACCUGGAGUUGGGGAGAAGGCAGCUCCCAUGGGUCCCAAGGAGAUAGGCAGGACACUGGGGCGUGGGAGGCAGCCAAGGCCUCCAGGUGCCAAGAGCCAAGUGCCCCCUUGGAGGCUAGAAAGAAGCCUGAGGCGGCGUCUGAGGCUGGUGGAGACAGGAGCGGCCAAGCCCAGGAGAGUCAGGAGUGCAAUGAGCAGGAAGUGAACAGAGACGGGACACUGAGAACCUGGGAACAGGAGGAGGAAGAGGUCAGGGCAAGAAAGCCAGGGGUGGCCAGCGGGGUGGAGUCAGAGAGGACUAGGCCCAGGGAGCCUGAGGGGAAGGCCAGUGCCGAAGGGCAGGAGGUGGCAGGGGAUGGCGGGCAGCCAGAACAGGCAGUCAAGGAGGCAGCUGCAGAGGAGAUCCAGGAGCCUGGGGCCAAAGAGGCCGGGAGGGAAGAAGAGGUGGUGGCCAUGGUGACGGAUAGCCAGAGCACGAGGGCACAGGGGACACAGGAGCCAGGGAGAGAGUCUGAGGAUGGGGCAACCUUGGGCAGAGGGGAGGCCUGGACAACCUCAGGUGGGGAGGAGGCCUGGACAACCUCAGGCAGGGUGGAGACUGAGACAAACUCAGGUGGGCAGGAGGCCUGGACAACCUCAGGCGGGGAGGAGGCCUGGACAACCUCAGGGGGGGAGGAGACCUGGACAACCUCAGGCGGGGAGGAGGCCUGGACAACCUCAGAUGGGGAGGAGGCCAGGACAACUUCAGGAGGGGAGGAGGCCUGGACAACCUCAGGCAGGGAGGAGGCCUGGACAACCUCAGGAAGGGAGGAGACUGAGACUACUUCAGAUGGGGAGGAGGCCUCAAGCAUGGAGGUGGCUGACCUCCCAGCAGUCAGGGAGACAGAAUAUGGGGCAGUCCCAGGAGAUAGGAUAGCUUGGGUCCUAGAAGAGGCCUCCAAGGAAGCCCAGGAGGAGGAGGUGGGUGAAAAUAGAGAGGCUGAGGUGAGCCUAUUCCUGCAACAGACCCAGGCCCUGGGAACUGAAGGAAUGGGAGAAGCGGCCAAGGACCAGACAGCAGGGAAGGAGGCUGCUGAAGGACAGGAGUCAGAGUGGGAGGCAAGCGAGGGCUUUGAGGGUCAGGCAGAUCAGGAUGGGAAAGAGGCCAAGGGAAGGCAAGACUCAGAGAUCAGGGCUGCUCAAGCCAGCCUGGACGAGGUGGUGCAGGCACAGGAGGCCAAGGAGGAGAAAGAGAGUUGCCAGGCCAUAGAGACUGAGCUGUCCUGGGACAAAGUGGCAAAUGAGGCUGAAAGUGAUGCCGACUUUGAGGAAACCCCAGAGGCCAGACCUGAAGAGGAGUUCAGGGAGAUGAGACAUGAGGAGGAAGCUCAGAUGGGUCAAGAAGAAUUGGGGGUGGAGUGUGGUGGCCCUGAGCACACUGAAGUUCAGGAACCUGAGCUGAUAGGAGGCUUCCAGACCCCAGUGGAACAACCUGAGGAAGGACUGGGAGGGAAGGAAGAGCUCUGGAGCAUUCCAGCCCUGAGCAAAGAGGAGACAGAAAGGAGCCUGGAGGAUGACCCCAGGCACACAGGGUAUGUAAAGCCUGGUGCAGAAGCCUGGGAAAACCAGAGGAAAAGGGAUGUAGAGAGCGGGGAUACCCCUCAGGGAAAAGUAGGUGCUGAAGAGGGGGAAGGGAAAGGGGAGGCUGCAGGAGUCCCAGAGUCCGCACUGGGACAGGCCCUGGAGGCCGGCGGAGAGUGGAAGGAAGCAGGGUGUGGAGCAGAGAGCCAGGAGCCACGGGGAGGGCGCGGGGCAGAAGUAAGGGCAGACCAGUCACUGGGAGAGUCAGGUGCCAGGGAAACCAAGGAUGAGCAGGGACAGGCCGAAGUGUCCUGGGAGGCAGAUGAAACACCCAGGAGAGACUGGAGGCUGACGGAGGCAGCGCUGAGCUUCCAGGACAGUGAGGACGCGCCAGCCAGUCCUUCGGCCUCCGGGAUUGUGGGGCAUAAGGCAGCUUCAGAUGAAAGGGCUGCUGCGACUGGGGAAGGGCCUGAAAGAGAGGCCGGGGAAGUUUGGGAUGGGAUAUUUGGGAGAGGCUGGGACUCAGAAGGGAGAGAGGAAGCCGGCAGAGGUGAGGAGCUGCUGGAGGCUGCAGAGGGAGAGAACAGAGGUGGGCAGGGCCUUGGCCUGGAGGGCUCAGAAGGAGAGGAGGCUACCGGGGGAGGUGGCCAGGCGGAGGCUUUUGAGGCUACGGAGGGCGAGCCAGGGGGAGAGUGGGUGGAGGUUGGGGACUCUAGAGUGGCAGAAGGAGGCUGUGGGAUGGAUGGCUUUACCUCGGGCUCCCAGGCGGUGAGGGCAGAGGGGACCUUGGCCAUAGUGGAGGCUGAGGGACUCCCAGAAGGGCAGAUGCUGUUGGAAAAAGAGGCUGGGGUAUGGCAAGCAAUUCAGCAGGGCCAAGGCAGCGAGAGGCAGUGUGGGGACCUCAGCCCUGAGGGAGAGGUACAAGUGCCCUGUGAUAUGGAAGAUGCCGAGGUGACCAGACACCAGAGGGCAGAGGCCGAGGACACAGCUGCAGAAGACCUGGAGGUGGUCCAAGGCACAGAGGACCAGCCAACAAAUCAGGAGCCUGCAGAGGUGGAGCCUGGGCCCUGUGAAGAGGCUGCAGGAAGUGCCCGAGGGGAUGCUCAUGGCAGCUGGAGUGAGGCCCUCCUCCCUGUGUCUCGCCUGGAUGUCUCUGUCCCGCGGAGCCGUGUACUCCUCUCCCGCAGCUCCUCACAGCGUCGUCGCUCCCGGCCCUCUUUCCGGAGGAUCCCCACCCCUGAGCAGCAGGAGCCUGCUAGCCCCCCACCAGAGGAAGAGCUGUCAGCCCCAGAGCAGAGACUUCUCCAGCCAGAGGAACCUCCAGAGCCAAGCCUCCCGAGGCCUGAAGGGACCCCAGUGCCAGCCAGAAGGCCCCUGGGACACGGGUUUGGCCUUGCACACUCGGGCAUGAUGCAGGAACUGCAGGCCAGGCUGGGCAGGCCAAAGCCCCAGUGA